AUGAAGGUCCUCGUCCCCAUCAAGCGCGUGGUCGACUACGCCGUCAAGAUCCGCGUCGCACCUUCUGGAGUCGACCUCAAGAACGUCAAAAUGAGCAUGAACCCCUUCUGCGAAAUCGCUGUCGAAGAGGCCAUCCGCCUCAAAGAGCAGCAGAAAGCCACCGAAGUGGUCGUCGUGUCCAUUGGCCCUAAGCAGAGCCAAGAAACGCUCCGCACAGCGCUCGCUAUGGGCGCCGACCGCGGGGUCCACAUCCUCACGGACCUCCGCACGGAUCAGGAGCUUCAGCCGCUGGCCGUCGCCAAAUUGCUGCAGCAGAUCGUCCACAAAGAGGACGCGCAGCUCGUGCUCUGUGGCAAGCAGAGCAUCGACGCGGAUGCCGCCCAGACGGGACCGCUGCUCGCGGGGCUAUUGGACUGGAGUCAAGCCACGUUUGCCUCCAAAGUGGUUGUUGAGAGCGAUGCAGUGCUGUCGGUGACGCGCGAAACCGAUGCCGGUGUCGAGACGCUCGAGCUUCAGCUGCCUGCAGUCGUGACAGCGGACCUCCGGCUCAAUGAGCCGCGCUACGCGACACUGCCGAACAUUAUGAAGGCCAAGAAGAAACCAAUUGAGACGCUGACCGCCGAGAGUCUUGACGUGGACGUGACGCCCCGUAUUGACGUGGUGGAAGUGAAGGACCCAGCGUCCCGUAAAGCCGGGGUCAAGGUCGCGAGCGUCGACGAACUCGUGGACAAGCUCAAGAACGAAGCGGGCGUGAUUUAG